UGCUGUGCUGGUCACAUGACUCGUGCUCAUGUUGCGCUGACUGACUGAGUGAAGAGGAUCAGUUUUACGCGCUCUGACAUCUUUCACUGAAUUAACCAUGAUAUCCCGGGACGAAAUACUCAAACCCAUAUGGUACGCCUUUACUGCUCUGGAUUUAGACCGAAACGGGAAAGUAUCCAAAUCCCAGUUAAAGGUGCUGUCUCACAACCUGUGCACCAUACUGAAAAUCCCUCAUAACAUUUCAGCCCUGGAGGAGCACUUUAAAGAUGAUGAUGAAGGACCAGUGUCAACACAAGGGUACAUGCCCUACCUGAACAUGUUCAUACUUAAUAAGAUCCAGCCCAACUUUGACUUCGCAGAGCUGAAUAAUAUGUGCUGGACUCUGUCUGCACCAAAGCAUAUCAGCAGCAAGAAUCUGCUCAUCUCAGACAAAGAUACCUUCAAGUUGUGGUGUAUCUUCAACUUCCUGUCUGAAGAUAAAUAUCCACUGCACAUUGUCACCGAGGAGCUAGAGUACUUCCUGCGCAAGCUGUUAGGAGCAAUGGGUUGCAGUUGGAACGAGGGCAGAUUUGAAGACUACAAAAUGCGGCUCAGUGCAAAGAAACAUCAUAUGAAUGCAUGGGAGCUGAUUGAGCUUAUUGGCUUGGGCCAUUUCACUAAGGGCAUAAACCCUCAGACCGUCUCCAUGGGCAUCAAUGAGGUCUAUCAGGAACUUGUACUGGAUGUUAUUAAGCAGGGCUACAUGAUGAAAAAAGGCCAUAAAAGGAAGAACUGGACAGAACGAUGGUUUAAGCUCCAUCUCAACUACAUAUCCUAUUAUGUGAGUGAAGACCUAAUAGAGCAGAAGGGAUGUAUUACGCUUGAUCGCAACUGCUGUGUUGAGUCCUUACCAGACAAGGAUGGAAGGAAAAACCUCUUCAUUAUUAAAUGUGUUGAGAAAAGUUUUGAGAUCAGUGCACCGGAUAAAAAGACAAAACAGGAGUGGAUUCAAGCCAUCCAGGACUGCAUUGUCCGCAUAAGGCAGGGCCUUUCCUCCUCACACCGAGAAUCCAGACAGAAACGCAGAGAGCUGAGAAACAGGAUGAAAGCUGAACAGGAGAUGAUGGAGAACAGAAUGAGACAGCUGCAGUUGGCCAACGAGAGCAAACAGGCCCAGCUGGAGGCCAUGAAGAACCUACAUGAAGCGUCACUCAGGGGUGAUUUGGAGGAACAGAGAAGACUUCAGACCCAAGCAGAAUUACUGGAACGAUACAGACAAGAUCUGGAACAGGAGAAAAUGGCUCGAAUGCAGAUGGAAGAGCAGGUCGUUGAAAAGUCCAGCGAAGUGGAGCAGUACUUUCAGCGUAUGCAGGAACUGGAAGACAUGUACCGUCAACUGAAACAGGCACUAGAGGAUGAGAGGCAGGCCAAAGAGGAUGAAGAAGUCUUGCGCAAACUGCAGUCCAGGCUGCUACAAGAGGAGGCAAGCAAGAGGCUUGAAUUAGAGCAGAUUCACCUGCAGCAGCAAGAGGUCUUAUCCCAGUCCCAGAAAGAGAAAGUAGAGCUGGAAAAGGAGAAGGCAGAGAAGGAACGUGCCCUGCAGGCUGCACAGGAGCAGCUGGAGAACCUUAAAAGACAGAGACAGGGGGCGCAAGAGGAAUAUAUGGCCAUUACAAAGAAACUGGAACGGGCAAGUAACAAGACAAAAACUUGGAAACACAAAGUCUCUAAACAUGAGGGCCUACUUCGAAUCGUUCAACCAGGCAACAAGAAACCCUGUAAAAUGACCAACUGGGGAGAGGCAGCGUUCACCGAAACAGAGCUGAAUCAGAUGGAGAAGAUUUGGCAGGAGAACAAGAAUAGAUCGCUUGAUGGACAGUAACACCUAAAACAUCUAUUUGUUUUUAUUUGUGUAUAUUUGUUUUGUUUUGUUUUUUCCAGGCAGUCCUCAUCUUGAUCUUAUGUUACUGAUUAAAUCUGUUGUCACUGAAAUCUUUUUUUAUUCAAGCAUUUAUUAAUCAUGUGCUUGUAUAAUGGAACAUUAGCAGAUAAAUGAUGUGCAAGUUGAUUGUGUUGAUUUUGUUAAGUUAAUGUAAAAAGUGGCAUCCAUGCUUUUUAUACUUAUAUAUGUUGUUUUUACAAACAAAUUUAGAAAAUGUAACGUUAUUAUCAUUCAACUUUAGUCAUUCCAAGUGUAUUCUCAUUUUUGAUGGGAAAAUAAAAUUACUGUGAUACUGUGUCCUCUAGAUGUCCCUGUUGAUACACAGAUACACCCAGAAGACCCAUUUAUACCCAGAUUUUCCCAAAAGAUACAUAACUGUGAUACUGAAGAGUGCAUUUAGCCUUAUUCUUUGCUUUUUAACCUUUAGCUUCAGCUUGUUUGAAAAUAUAUAAUACAUUUUGUAUACAUAGAAUACAUUUUGUAGUUCAUGAUGGGUUGAUUUGGUUCAGUUUGUGUUUAAUAAAUAUCUGUCAACCUGACUCAACCGAGGUGAAUUUAUUUAAUAUUGAUAGCUUUUUAUGUGUGUAUGCAUUGCGUUGUAGGUAUACAUUUUAUCAGUUCAUGUUUUUUCUGGGAAUCAAACCCAUGACCUGGGUGUUCUUCAACAGAAGGCAUGCCGUCCGUAAAACAGUAGUUUUGCUGUACCCUACUAUACUAAAAAUCUGUUUUUGAACAAAUAAAGCAGUAAUUGAUUUCAU